GCAAGUCUCGCGAUGCCGUAGCCGGCUGCCGGCGCUGCGGGUGGCUCGGGCUGUUGCUGUGGUUGCCCGAGUUGCGGCGGCGGCGGCCCCCGGGCGGAUGUUGACACUGUUUGUUGUUGUGAGCGCUCAAGGAUAAUGGCGGCGGCGGCCCGGACCCCGGCCCAGCUGUAGCCGGAGCCGAGACAGCCGAGAGCCAACUCCGCGCGGCCUCGGAGCCGGCGCCGGCAGCUGCCCCGGCCCUUCGGCCCCCGGUGCCCGGCCCCCGGUCCCCGGCAGCCCGGCAGCGGGGCGCCCGCCCCUGGAGCCAGGCCCCGGUGGGCAGGGGCAGGGCCGGGGGGCGCGCCGAGGCUCAGCAUGGCGGAUUUCGACGAGAUCUACGAGGAGGAGGAGGACGAGGAGCGGGCCCUGGAGGAGCAGCUGCUCAAGUACUCGCCGGACCCGGUGGUGGUCCGCGGCUCCGGUCACGUCACCGUAUUUGGACUGAGCAACAAAUUUGAAUCAGAAUUCCCUUCUUCAUUAACUGGAAAAGUAGCUCCUGAAGAAUUUAAAGCCAGCAUCAACAGAGUCAACAGCUGUCUUAAGAAGAGCCUUCCUGUUAACGUGCGCUGGCUGCUCUGCGGCUGCCUCUGCUGCUGCUGCACGCUCGGCUGCAGCAUGUGGCCAGUCAUCUGCCUCAGCAAGAGAACACGAAGAUCGAUUGAGAAGUUAUUAGAAUGGGAAAACAAUAGGUUAUACCACAAGCUGUGCUUGCACUGGAGACUGAGCAAAAGGAAAUGUGAAACGAAUAACAUGAUGGAAUAUGUCAUCCUCAUAGAAUUUUUACCAAAGACACCGAUUUUUCGACCAGAUUAGCAUUGACUGUGUUUAUAGACUUUCCGUGCGCUGUCUUCCCAAUGGUGCCUUGCUUGGUGCUCUCCUGGUGGUGAAUAACGUGGGCUCUGCACAAGAGAGUGGCGUUCUGUUUUGUUAUUUUAAUAACCGCAUGUUCUAAGUGUGCAUUUUUGUCGAACUUUGCAAGUUAUUUCAUACAGAUGUUUAAUACUUAAGUUAUUGUGCCCUUUUCUGUUAUGUAUUCUGAUUUUCAAGGAUUACUUUUUUGUAUUCUCAAAAAAAUACAUUUGAACUUAGCAUAAAAA